AACUUGCAGGCUGUUGCACAUCUGAAAAAGUCUUGAUGGGGAGGGAUCUGCAGCUUCUUUAUGGGUAAUCUACUGCAUUUUAAACUUGGUUCUGGUCUCGCUGAUCCAGUGAGAUCUGUCCUAAUUCAUUCCUUUUCAUGGUUCCUUUCCUUAUAAACACACACAAACUUUACCCCUCUCUUUCUCAUUCAGCUCUCCCAAGCAUACAACUUCUGCAUCAGCAGUCCUCUCUAACAUAACUGUGCAUAACUAGGAACCCUCCAGAAGCAACUGUCUAGAGGAUAGGAAGCCUGGCACCUAUGCUUGUCUUCUAUAAGUGUUCUUUCUAAUGGACUUGAAAUUAGUAUUUCUUUUUCCUAGUUGCCAUGAAGACAGGAAUAUUAUCUCUUUACUUCUCACUUGUGGCAUGGUAAAUUUAACUUGCAAAAUAAGUGUGUGUAAUUAAUGUAUACAAAAUUUUUAUGCAGAUGCUGACUGAUGCUGCAUAAUAAUCUUUACUGCUCCAUGGGAAGGGAAAAGGAAGGAUUGUCUUCUGGUUCAGGAAGACCUGGCUUCAUUUCCCAGACUAUCACAGGCUUUUGGGGCAGGUUGCUUUUCUCUGUGUGCCUCCGUUCCACACCUGUAAAAUGGGGAUAAUGCUUUCCUCCAUCCUGGGUUGUUGUGAAGAUAAAUGUUUGUGUUUGGAAGGUGCUCACUUAUGAUAGUGGAAACUGAAGCCAUACCUAGAUAAAUGCCACUUUCUAUGGCUGUCGCUCUAGAUUAUUAUAAGGUACCAUUCCUGUCAAUUGACUUUUAAGGUAAUUAGCAUCAGCUAUUACAGGAAUGGGCAUAAUAGAAUAUAUAUUUUACACACAGAAACCAUUUUAAAAGCAGAAAUCAGUUGAGUUCUGUUCAAUAUCUUCAUCAAUGAUCGGUGGUGGGCAAGCUGCAGCCCAUCAGGGUAAUCCACUGGUGGGCUGUGAGACAGUUUGUUUACAUUGACCAUCCGCAAGCACGGCCACCCGCAGCUCCCAGUGGUCGGGAAUGGCGAACUGUCACACGCUAAACACAAGUGAAUAGUGUAACACUGCUGCAAAAAGGACAUUCUGGGAUAUAUUAGCAGGAGUAUUGUAAGCAAGACAUGAGAAGUAAUUCUUCCGCUUUACCCCAUGCUGAUUGGACCUCAACUGGAGUAUUGUGUCCAAUUCUGGGUGCCACAUUUCAGGAAAGAUGUGGACAAAUUGGUGGAAGUCCAGAGAAGAGCAACAAAAAUUAUGAAAGGUCUAGAAAACUUCCUAUGAAGGAAGGAUGAAAAAAUGGUUUGUUUAGUCUGGAGAAGAGAAGACUGAGGGGGGACAUAUGUUUUCAAGCACAUAAAAGGUUACAAGGAAGAGGGAGGUAAAUGUUCUCUAACUUCAUGGGCUGGGACACGAAGCAAUGGGCUUCAGUUGCAGCAAUGGCAGUUUAGGUUGGACAUUAGGAAAAACUUCCUGUCAAGUUAGUGAAGCCCUGGAAUAAAUUGCUUAUGGAGGUGGCUCAGCAUCGGUGCUCGUAUAAGCUUGGAGGUGUAUUAACUCCCUGUGGGUUCCCUCCAUAGCUACAAGGUCAUUCAGCCCAUAGUUGUACCUUAAGCACUAUCCCCCCACAAGCACCAUGGAGCAAGGGGAGAGGUUAGAGUCCUUGGAGCUGUGCAACAGAGGUGACCAUCCAGGUGGCCUCUUGACAACUCCAGAUGGGCUUAUGGCAAGGUGUGUAUGAACCACACCUUAAAUAAAUGCUGAAGCAGGUGUAUAGCGUGGCAGCUUACCUAAUCAGUGUAUUUCACUGGGAGCACAGCCCCUUGCUGCCUAUUCAUUUCCCGAAUGGAGAUUAUGAUUUGAUGGAACAAUGAAAACAACAUUUUUGCUAUAGUUUGUUGGGUUGGGGGGGAUACCAUCUCUAUUUGUAAUAAUAAGCACAGAUUCCCCCCCCCCCCCACCAUCCGCACUAGAGCCAAAUGUCACUGUAUGUUUGUAUCUUUCUUUUCUGGGGUAACAGAGCAAGUAGUCAUGCUAGGAGACUAGUGCAUUCUUGUGGGGGGCAGGGGUGGAGAGAAAAGCCAUGAAUCCACUUUCUGAGAUCUGCACGAUCGCGGCUUUUGAAGAAGUUUGCAUUCCCCACCUCUAGGUCCCCAGCUCCCUCCUCUGUGCUUUCUACCAACUUUCUGGUAGGCAGAUGAAAUAAGGAGAGGUGGGCAGGCUCUUGCAUUCUGCACCAGGAACACACACACCCUUCUCAUUCCAAAAGGGGAAAGAGCUAGAGUGCAGUUGCAUCAUAAUAAGCAACUCUGACCCCUCGAUCGCAAUGAGUGUCUUUCCCCAGUGCAUCUCUACUUCCCGACUUUCACAGACUGUCCCCUUCUUUGGAUGAAAUCAUCUUGAAUUAAUACGUAAAGGGAAACAUGGAGCCGAUUGUAAGCCUUGCUAAUGUUUUCACAUCUCAGAUAACCUACUUUUGGAUUGUUGUCAUCUUCUCAGUGUCACACGCCUGUAGUAAAAAUAUUUCAAAGGCAAGUUUUAUUUUAAUCUUUUCAGCUUUCUGUGGCUUUCUCAGGGUUUCUCCUACAUUCCUCUUUGCUCUUCUCGUCACUAUGCCGGCUCUCUUCAAUGUCACAUACAGUGCACGCGCACACAAAAAUCAACCAGAUGCUCUGAGUAUCCAAGAAAAAGCACAGGUGGUGAACACAAAUCUGGAGCUGAUAAAGCAUUUCAUGAAGCAAAGAUACUAGCCCUAUUCUCUGCACUGACCUCGUGCCUUUAUAGGGAUCUCUGCAUUUAUUCCACAGAAAUAAAAAUCCACAAACAUUAAGUCUUCAUUUUUGUUACCUUCCAUCCAUCAAGUACUAAGUUGGUAGUGAAUUGUGAACUACUUUUCACUGGCCUAGAUGAGACCAAAGUAACGUCUGUGUCUUGGGAUGGUGGAUUUUAAUUUUGUCUCUUUAGGGUUAUCUGUCUGAGUGACAAUUUAGCUAAGGCAAGUCCAGCCUUUCCUCUCUUAAAAAGGUUCCCUCCCUGUUUGCUGUUGGCUUGAGCUGUCUGUCGGUGUGGUGAAUGUGUGCCUCCUUUCAUAACUGAAUGUGCCACUCUGCAGUUUGGCCCCCCUCCUCCUUUCCCCACCUUCCCCCCCUGAAACCUGGUCUCUCUCUGAGCUCAGCCCCUCUCGCCUGUCUGUGCUUCUGAGCUCUGCCCCCUCCAGCUGGAGACUCAGGUUUAUCUGGAGACGGAGGGGCUCAUUUGGGAGCUGAGAUCUGAGCGGUGAAGGAGAGAUCCAUUGGAACCAGGAGAAGAGAAGGACUAGUUUCACUAAAGAGCUGAAGAGAGGCAGAGCGUGGAGACCAUGGCUGGAUUCUCAGCUCUUGGGCUGCUCUUUCUUUUUCAACUAGUAGCCACAUCCUCAGCUCAGAGAGCAGGACCACGAGGCCCUCCUGGACCACGAGGACUCCCUGGACCACCUGGCAAGGAAGGCAUAGAUGGAGAACCUGGCCCACCUGGUUUACCUGGCCCACCAGGGCCGAAAGGUGCACCAGGGAAGCCUGGAAAGGCAGGUGAAGCAGGGUUACCUGGCCUCCCUGGAGUGGAUGGUUUAACAGGACCUGAUGGCCCGCCCGGCCCAAAUGGGCCACCAGGAGAAAGAGGUGCUUUAGGACCUGCAGGGCCACCUGGACCAGCUGGCAAGGGACUGCCAGGCCCUCCGGGGCCUCCAGGAGCCAGUGGACUCCCGGGUGGAAACGGACUUCAGGGGCCACCUGGACCAUCAGGUCUUCCAGGAUUCCCAGGACAGCCUGGACCUCCAGGACCUCCAGGUCUUCCAGGGGUUCUUCCUGAUGGCGGCGGGGACCUUCAGUGUCCAGCUCUCUGCCCCCCAGGCCCUCCGGGUCCUCCAGGAAUGCCAGGAUUCAAGGGGCACACAGGCCACAAAGGAGAACCUGGGGAAACAGGAAAAGAUGGUGAGAAGGGAGAUGCAGGCCCUCCAGGUCCUCCGGGGAUUCCAGGCAGCGUCGGCCUGCAGGGGCCAAGAGGGUUAAGAGGCCUCAUUGGGCCAGAGGGCCCAGUCGGGGACAGGGGACCUUUUGGUUUCAGAGGGCCACCGGGACUCCCAGGACCUCCAGGGAAAGCAGGAGGCCGAGGAGACAAAGGACCUCAAGGGUUCAGAGGGCCCAAAGGUGAUACUGGUAGACCUGGACCAAAAGGAUCGCCAGGGACCGGUGGACCCAUAGGAGAACCUGGCAUGCCUGGCAAAGAUGGACGAGAUGGAACACCUGGACUCGAUGGUGAGAAGGGUGAUGCUGCCCGCUUCGGUCCUCCGGGAGAGAAGGGGCCAAAUGGACUUCCUGGGCUACCUGGAAGACCAGGUCACAAGGGUCCAAAGGGUGAACUAGGUAGUUCUGGAGAGAUGGGAGAGGCAGGUCCAUCGGGAGAGCCUGGUAUCCCUGGCGAUGCCGGUAUCCCUGGUGAGAGAGGUGAGCCCGGACCUCGAGGAUCAUCUGGCGCACUUGGUCUUCAAGGCCCAUUGGGAGCCCCAGGUGUAAGAGGCUUUCAGGGUCGCAAAGGUGCCAGUGGGGAACCUGGACUCCCUGGCCCUACGGGGAUUCGUGGUGAAUUUGGUGACAGGGGUUCUGGUGGAGUUUCUGGCCCCAAAGGUAACCAGGGCACUCCUGGAGCAGAUGGCCUGCCAGGUGACAAAGGGGAACUGGGUCCUUUUGGCCCCCCGGGACAAAAGGGAGAGUCAGGAAUAAGAGGCGAACUGGGUCCUAAAGGUAUACAAGGACCUAACGGGACUUCUGGUGUGCAAGGGAUUCCAGGUCAUCCAGGACCUAUGGGCUACCAGGGAGAGCAAGGUAUCCCCGGCAUUACUGGAAAACCUGGCCCUCCAGGCAAAGAGGCCAGUGAACAACAUAUAAGAGAACUCUGUGGGGGAAUGAUAAAUGAACAAAUUGCACAGUUAGCUGCUAAUUUGAGAAGGCCCUUGGCUCCUGGACUGAUGGGUCGACCUGGCCCAGCGGGUCCCCCAGGUCCACCUGGGGCAAUGGGAAGUGUUGGUCAUCCCGGUGCUCGUGGUCCACCUGGAUAUAGAGGGCCAACAGGAGAACUUGGAGACCCUGGUCCCAGAGGUGAUACAGGUGAAAAGGGAGACAAAGGAGCCACUGGCAUAGGUAUUGAUGGGCCUGAUGGAGAUCAAGGACUUCAAGGUCCACCAGGUGUAACUGGAAUUAGUAAAGAUGGUCGAGAUGGUGCUCAUGGUGAACCUGGUCUGCCAGGUGAUCCUGGUGUACCUGGUGCAAUGGGGGCUCAGGGAACUCCAGGAAUCUGUGAUACGUCAGCCUGCAUGGGUGCUGUUGGAGGAGGAUCCAAAAAAUCAUCAGCACUGAAACUGCAGAAGUGACUGAAUAUUUAAGUAAACAGUGAAUUGUAUGAAAAGAGUCAGGAUCCUCCUAGUGAUAAAUGGACAAAUAUUCCUUUUAUUAAAAUGAAUAAAAUGGAGACUUUGACACAGUAAUUCAGUUCCAUGACACAGGAAAGCAUCUGUUGAAAACCUUUACUAAAAAGAUGCUUAAAAUUGUUUCCCCACCCCUUAUUUUCCAGAAUUUUUACUGCAAAUCAGUCUCACUUUCCCUUCCUCCCCACUUUGUUGAAGAGACCUACAGGAGGAAGCGCUGCUCCUUUUACUGUCAUCUCCCUAACUGUACAAAAGCUUGUGGCUAUUUUGCAUAAAGGCUUGACUCUAUGCUCACUGAAUUCAGUAGUGAUUCAGGCACUAAUUGAACAUCAUUGACCAUGUAUAUUUGUUGUCCACCAUGAAUUAUCAGACUGUACCUCAAACAUUUGCCAUGGCUAGUAAAUGUUAAACCCUUUGCAUUCUUGCAAUCUAACUCUGCAAAGGGUGUAAUGUAUAUAUUAUAAUUUACAGGGGAGAGUUUUUGUAUAUUUCCAUGUUAUAACAAAGGAUAUUCAAUAACAGCAUCUUCACGCCAUCUACUUCAGCUAUUUGCACAGAAUUUGUGAAAAAAAUCCCAAGUCAGAAAGGAUGCUCUUCUCAACACCAGCCAAAAUUACUGUAUGAACUAUUGUAAAAAUAAAAUGAGAUUUUUUUAA